AUGAUAAUGUUGGCCAGGUUUGUGUUGGGACUCCUGGUCCUUGAGAUGGUGGUGGCUUCUCCCCGUAGAUUUGGGCGGCAAGUGGAGUUGGACACGUAUGACAGCAACAACUAUGAUGUGGACAUCGAAGACUUGAAUUUGAAAAACCGGGAAGACUAUGAUUAUUACGAUGGACUGACCAUUGACGAGCCUCAGAUAGAGAUUGGCACACUGGCCCCAGAUGAGGACAGUGAUCCUGAGCCUGCUGCCUCACUGGAGGAAGAAGAGGAUGAACAAGAGGAGGAAGAGUCAGAGAAGCCCAUUAGGCCAAUGCUCAUCUCUCAGGGUUCAGGGGGGUCAGGGGUUCUGAUGGGCCCUGACGCUAAGGGAGGAAUGCCCACCUGUUUGCUGUGCACUUGUCUGGGUGGAUCCGUGUACUGUGAUGAUCUUAAACUGGAAAGUGUUCCACCACUACCCAAAGAGACCACCCACUUCUACGCUCGCUACAACAAGAUAACCAAGAUCAACAAGUCUGACUUUGCUAAUCUGAACAAGCUGAAGAGGAUCGACCUGACAAGUAAUGCCAUCUCGUCCAUUGAUGAAGACGCCCUCUUUGGGCUGCCUGCCCUCGAGGAACUGGUGGUGCGGGAGAACAGCGUGGCACAGCUGCCCCCUCUGCCUCCAACCAUGACUCUCAUUGAUGCCAGUCAUAACAACCUGGGCAGCAAAGGCAUACAGAAUGAAGCAUUCAAGGAUAUGACGGGCUUGCUGUACCUCUACCUGACAGACAACAACAUCGACUACAUCCCUGUGCCUUUGCCUGACAGCCUGCGCUCUUUGCAUCUACAGAAUAACAACAUUCAGAUGCUACACGAGGACACUUUCUGCAACCUGAAAGAUAUGAACUACAUCCGCAAUGGGCUGGAAGACAUCCGCCUGGAUGGAAACCCCAUCAACCUCAGCAGGACCCCACAGGCCUAUGUGUGUUUGCCUCGUAUUCCUGUUGGUGCUCUUAUUUAA